CCUCGCACGCGCGCGAAGGCCACCCGCGAAGAAGGAGUCGAGAUCGUUUGAACUCCGCUCAAGAUGCAGGGCAUGCAAAGCCCCAUCAUGGUGAUGAACACCAACACCAAGCGCGAGACCGGUCGCACGGCGCAGCUGAAUAAUAUCGCCGCCGCGAAGGCUGUCGCGGACGUCAUCCGCACGACGCUCGGGCCCAGGUCCAUGCUCAAGAUGAUCCUCGACGCGUCCGGCGGCAUCGUGCUGACGAACGACGGCAACGCGAUCCUCCGCGAGAUCGACGUGACGCACCCCGCGGCGAAGUCCAUGAUCGAGCUCAGCAGGACCCAGGACGAGGAAGUCGGCGACGGCACGACGUCGGUCAUCAUUCUCGCCGGCGAGAUCCUCCACCUCUCGCAGCCGUUUCUCGAGAAGGACAUUCACCCCACGGUCAUCGUCCGCGCGUACAUGAAGGCGCUCGACGCCGCGGUGAAGAUCAUCGACGACCUGUCGUUCCCGAUCGACGUCAACGACCGCGAUCAGCUCAUGAACAUCGUCACGUCGUGCAUCGGCACCAAGUACACGUCGAGGUUCGGCCCGCUCAUGGCUAACCUCGCGUUGGACGCGGUGAUGUGCGUGGCGGUGGACAACGGCGACGGCACCAAGGAGGUGGACAUCAAGAAGUACGCGAAGAUCGAGAAGAUCGCGGGCGGGUCCAUCGACGACUGCCGCGUCCUGAAGGGCGUGAUGAUGAACAAGGACGUCGUGGCGCCCGGGCGGAUGUCGCGGAGGAUCGAGAACCCGCGCGUGAUGCUGCUGGACUGCCCGCUCGAGUACAAAAAGGGCGAGAACCAGACCAACGUCGAGAUCACGAAAGAGGAGGACUGGGCGGUGCUCCUCAAGAUGGAGGAGGAGUGGAUCCAGGGCGUCUGCGCGCAGAUCGCGUCGUUCAAGCCGGACAUCGUCGUCACCGAGAAGGGUCUGUCCGACUUGUGCACGCACUACCUGUGCAAAGCCGGCAUCACCGCGCUGCGCCGAGUGCGGAAGACGGAUAACAACAGGAUCUCCCGCGCGACGGGCGCGACGAUCGUGCACCGCGUCGAGGAGUACCGCGAGGAAGACAUCGGCACGAAAGCGGGGCUGUUCAAGGUUGAGAAGCUCGGCGAGGAGUUCUUCGCGUUUUUCGUCGACUGCGAGGACCCGAAGGCGUGCUCGAUCAUCCUGAGAGGCGCGUCCAGGGACACCCUGAACGAGGUCGAGAGGAACCUUCACGACGCCAUGGGCGUCGCGAGGAACGUCGUGCACGACCCGCGUCUCUUACCCGGCGGCGGCGCCGUCGAGAUGGCGGUCUCCAGGGCGAUCACCGAGGAAGCGUUGAAGAUUCAAGGCGUCGAGCAGUGGCCGUUUAAAGCGGUCGGCACCGCGCUCGAGGUCAUCCCGAGGACGCUCGCGCAAAACUGCGGCGCGAACGUCAUUCGCACGCUCACGAAGCUCCGCGCGAAGCACGCGGAGGCGACGGAGGAGAGCACCGGCGGCCACGCGUGCACGUUUGGCAUCGACGGCAACAAAGGGACCAUCGUGGACAUGAAAGAGCUUGGGAUUUGGGAGCCGUACGCGGUCAAGGUGCAGAGCAUCAAAACCGCGGUGGAGUCCGCGGCGAUGUUGCUCAGGAUCGACGACAUCGUGUCCGGGUUGUCGCAAAAGAACCAGCACGGCGCGGGGACCGGCACGGGGGUCGCGCCGACCGCGGAUGACAACGACGAGGAUCCCCCGGAGAAGCUCGGGGAGUGAGCGGCGCGGACGCGGCCAACGACGCUCGAAACGAUUGAUGAUUGCGCUGGAUUGAUUUGAUUGAGAGGCGAAGGGAGGGAGAAAAAACAGACGGACGAAGGCCCCGACACGUUUAAAUGAAAAAACUUCGUAGUUGAACAC